ACCGCACGGCCGGCGUCAGGCUCGAGACGGCAGUGAUUGCAGAUUUUCCCUGUCAGACAGACGAAGGAAUGAGAAAGGGCGAAGGACUGGGGAGCCACUGACACACGGACAGACAGGGGCCCAGAGAGAGAGAGAGAGAGAGAGAGAGGACGAGAUGGAGGAAUGAAGGAAUCAUAUCAGGGAAUAAGAAAACGGCUGGAUUAAUAAUUCAAACCAUUACACUUUACAACUAGCGACACCGCAGAUGCCAUCUGUUUAGCAUCGGUUUGUGCAAUAAUCCCGUGUAUUGCAGCGAUUCCUUCAUUCAAGGAGAAAAAGCGGAGAGCCACCUGGCUACUAUCAUAGAGCGGAGUACAAUGACAACCUGGUGAAUGUAGGAUAAUCUAUCUAACCAACGGAAUGCAAUACAACCGUUCCGGGUGAGCAUCACCAACCGGGAGUGAUGAGAAGAACCACGGGGAGACAGGACCGUGUUUCUGCUGUCGCCUGUCAAGGGUAUUCUUCCUGUGUGUUGUGGACUGAACAUUUAUUCUUCCAGCACCCUCCUCCUCCUCCCCUCCUCCACCGGUGUCGUCUGGGGGUUGUAACAUGGAGAGCUCCAGUGGCUCUGGGAUCAGCGAAUCCACCAAACCGCCAAACCACCAGUUGGAGAAGAAACGGUUAAACCGAGCAUCGUCUCCGGCCAGGCCGUUCCUGAAGGAUGUUCACUCCUUCCGCUCCUCGCCCAAACCAACGGUUAUCGUACCAAAAUCCCCCAAACUGACCAAGCAUCAGCACUCUUCUCCUGUGCCCGUGUCAUCCAAUCAAAGCCGCAUCACCAGGCGCACCCCAACCGGAGCGAAGGAUAACAAACCGGCCGCGGUGAAAAGUCACAGCACCAAGUCCUCCACAGGCACGAGAAAGACUGUUAAGGUAAUCCAACAUGCAGCCCCGGAGCAUAAAACGACCACCGCCAGCAAACCGACAUCGGACAGCAGUCCACACCUCGCCCUCAAAGCCAAGAAGAGUAAAAUAGCCACUCUGACCGCGUCUCACCACCGCCCACUCAGCCAUGGCUCACCAAUCCGCGUCCCAACCGGUGCUAUCCCUGUCGGCAGGGUCAGUCAGACGGACAGCAACUCCGAUCUCUCCGACUGUCCCUCUGAGCCCCUAUCCGAAGAACAACGCCUGACCACGGCCGCCAGCAGCGACGGGGAGUCGGGGGGCUCUGGGUCCAGCGACAGGGAUCAUGUGGGAGCGGAUUAUCCUCUGCAGGCAGGAGCAUCAGCAACAGACGCGGCAGGGGCUACUGCUUGUAGUGGUGGGGUUUCAUUGCGCACCGUGGAGGGUAGCGCGGAGGGUGCGGUAGUGGCAGCAGCGGGGAAAGGCGGCAUGUCUCAGGCUCCAGGAGCAGGUGCUCACGGUCACGGAGGAGAUGGGAGUAAACAGGAGAAAUCAUUUAUAAAACUGGAAUGCAGCAAGGAGAUAAUCGAGGAGGAUUUGAUACGGGAAAUUGAAGACCUACGUUCUGAAAACGACUACCUCAAGGAUGAAGUGGAGGAGCUGCGUGCAGAGAUGGAGGAGGCCCGGGACAGUUACCUGGAGGAGGAGGUGUAUCAGGUGCAGGAGUUACAGAGGGAGCUGGACCGGUCCAAUAAGAAGUGCCGGAUCCUCCAGUACCGUCUCCGUAAGGCGGAGCAGAAGAGCCUCAGAGUGGCCCAGACUGGACAUGUAGAUGGAGAGCUGCUACGCAACUUGGAACAGGACAUCAAGGUGGCCAAAGAUGUGUCAGUGCGUUUGCACAACGAGCUGGAGAAUGUAGAAGACAAGAGGACCAGGGCUGAAGAUGAGAAUGAGCUGCUGAGACAGAGGAUCAUCGAGGUGGAGAUCUCUAACCAGGCUCUGCACAAUGAACUGGACAGAACCAAGGAGACUGGUACACGACGGAGAGGAAGCAGGGAAACGUUUAGGGACAAGAAGUCUAUGAACCAGGAGGACAGUGCAGAUCUCAGGUGUCAGCUGCAGUUCUCUAAGGAAGAAUCCACCCUCAUGCGUAAGAAGAUGGCCAAGCUGGGGAAGGAGAAGGACAAGCUAGAGCAGGAGAUCCAGCAGUAUAAGUCAGUCUACGGGGACGUGGACAGCCCUCUACCCCUUGCAGAGCUUGCAGGUGGUGGGCCCCACAGCACCAGGGAGGCUGAGCUACGGCUCCGACUCAAACUGGUGGAGGAAGAGGCAAAUAUUCUGGGGAGGAAAAUUGUAGAGCUGGAGGUGGAGAACCGAGGCCUGCGGGCUGAGAACGACGACAUCCGCUACCAGUACGAGAGGGACUGUUUCGGCCGGGAGCCCUUCAGCAGCAUGCCCUCCUCCCCGUACGGCGGAGACGCUCUGGAGUCAGCCGGGGAGCUGCGACGCCACCUACAGUUUGUAGAGGAAGAGGCAGAACUUCUCCGGCGGUCCAUCUCAGAGAUCGAGGACCACAACAAGCAGCUGAUCUCAGAACUGAACCGCUUCAAGUUCGGCCCGAGAGACGAGGAAGGCGAGGUCGGAGUGAUGAUGAUGAUGAAGUCCGGUAAUGGGAGUAACGGAAGCGGUGUGGUGAUGAUGGAGGAGCUGAAGGCAGCCAGGAUGCAGAUAAACGAGCUCAGUGGAAAGGUGAUGAAGCUGCAGUAUGAGAACAGAGUUCUGAUGUCCAACGUUCAGCGCUGUGACCUGGCCCAACACCUGGGCCUCCUCACCGGCUCCCCACGGGACAGCGAUGCAGACAGCGACACCGGCCGCCGAGACUCCGCAGAGGAGGAAGAGACUGGGAGGCUCCUCCUUCUACACCCCAAGAGGGAGGGGCCUGUCGGUGGCGAGAGCGACUCGGAGGACCUCUUUGAGAAGACCACCACAACCUCGGGGUUUGGAAGUCACAAGCCCUCGGACGAGCUCAGCGGGCUCAGCGCCACCGAACUAUCUAAUCGUAGGCGAGAAGACCGCGAGACGUUCACGAAUGUCAAACGAGAAGCAGAGCGCCUUGGGAAGACCGUAGAUCGUCUCAUUAGCGACACGGAAAGUCUGAUCUAUGACGGAAAGAUUUUAAUAACAGGAGGGGACAGUUUGAGUCUGGAGGGCAUUAAUGAAGACACCACCCUCCUACCCAAACCAGACUCACAGGUCCUGGACACUAUCAACACCCGUAUGAAGGCCUUCCGCACAGAGCUCCAUAUCUUCAUGGAGAAGGUGGAUCACCUGGGAGAGGGCCUGAGGGAGAGGGGAAGGGACCGGGAUCGGGGAGACGACCUGUCACCCUUGCCCAACCUCACUGAGUCUAGUAGCUUCCUGUCUGGGGUCACCUCCAUGUCACGAGACUCGCCCAUCGGCACCCUGGGACGGGACCUGGUCACAGAUUUCCAGAUGUUUCAACCCAUCAUGUUGUUCAUCCUCGUUCUAGUCCUCUUCUCGUCUCUCUCGUACGCCGUGGUCUUUAAGUUGGUCUUUCUCUUUGUGCUUUUCUUCAUUUCACGGUCCGGUGUGAGGGAUGAGCUGGAGUGGCGUCUAGGACAGGAGCGAGCCGUGGAGACCCAGAGCCAGGAGGGUCUUCAUCAGGGCCCGGCCCAGAACAGGGGAGCCAUCCUGGGACACACUAGAUACCACAGACCCCUCCUGGCUUCUUUAAGACUGGAGGAUGAGGAGCGGAGGCGGCUGGAUCCGCAGGGUGUGAGGCCCAGGGGGGGUCUGGAUCUUACUGGCCUGCAGGCCCACGAGGCUCCCUGGGUCCAGGAAAGAACCCUACUGCAGCAGGAGGUCCGGUUGUUCAGACACAACACCAUCAUCUUCUAUAUGAAGCUACGCUGGAUCCUUAUGCACUGGAGGCUUGGGAAGAGGACAGAGGCAGGGGAGGAGAACGCACACGCAGAGAUGGAGGGUAUUCCAGAGCUGAUCUUGGAGCACGGAGAGGGAGAGACGGAGAGAGAGGACAGGGACAGGUCGUUUACCCAGCUACCUCAGAUAGACUGCUCCGAGCCUGACUCCACAACCCAACUCCCCUCAACUGAACGCCUGCAAAACCAGACACAGGUGGGGGAGAAUCAUAGGGUGCUCCAUGCGGUGCGCUCCCUGUUAGAGGAGUUCAGGUCAGAGUUGAGGGAGGAGGAGAACAGGAGGUGCCAGCUGCAGCAGAACUAUGCCAAUGACAAGGCUUCCUGGGAGGUCAAAUGGGCAGAGAUGAAGUGUCAGGUUGCUCAGCUGGAAGAGGAGAGACGAGAAGAGAAAGGAGAGGUGAGAGGAGAGGACAGAGGGGAGACGCAGGGAGGAGGAGGAGACCCAGACUGGGCCUUUAAACAGGAGCGAGAGGAGCACCGUUGCCUCCUGGCAGAGAGCCACAGCACCUCCCUGGACCUCCACUGGAAGCUGCAGCAGGGAGAGAAGAGGUGGGGGAGGGAGAGGAGAGGCCUACUGGAACGCUUCGACCAGGAGAGACAAGAGUGGGACAGCAACAUGAGAAACAUGCACCACGAGAUGGAGAGGCUACAGAGAGAGCUUAAGGUACAGAGGGUCAGUGAGGGCUCACCAUCCGACAUCAAAGAAGGGGAGAGAGCAGGAGCACACAGGGGUGUCUUUUCCCCCCAGGAGAGCCCAUGCAAGGCCCCUCGCUCCCCAAGGUCACCACGCUUUCCUCGCUCUGCCAUCCCAGGCCCUGUUUCCCUCCCCACCCGCUCCCACUCCGACUCGGAGGCCCAUGAAGAGCAGGGGGCUGUAGUGAGGUUCAGAGGCCCAACGGAUAACCUUUUCCUGGAUGCUCUGACACUGGACCCCCUGGGUGGCCUGAAGGGCCCACCUCCCUGCAGACUGGACUCUGACAAGAGGUUCCCCUGUUUGAACCAGGCUCUGAAUGAGAUCCCAGACAGAGAGGGCCCCUCGAAGUACCAGGAGGAGGAGGAGAUGGGUUUUGGCAGCCUGCUCAGGGCUAAGUCGGUCUGUUCCAUGAGUGACUUCCAGCGUCUGAUGGACAGCUCUCCCUUCCUGCCUGACAGGGGUCGUCAUGGUGACCGUGGCCGUGACGAUGUGACUCCGCCUCUGUCACCCGACGACCUGAAGUACAUUGAGGAGUUCAACAGUAAGGGUUGGGACUUCCCUGUCCCUGGCCCAUCCCCGACACCAGGCCACCACACCCCUACAGCCAUGGACGCCUGGGCAGAACGGCCCGCUUCAGAACCAUUCCAGCCGGCCUCGUGGUUCCUAACCACCAGCGCCACUUUGACCACCAAUACCCAAUCCAGCCACGAGCCCCCCUGCCCACCACACUGCCAGCGCUCCCCACUCAGGGGAAACGGGGGUAACAUAGGAGGGGGAGCCGGGGUCCACGUCUCCCACAGCCCCACCCGAUCCCCCGGGCCCUCCGAUCAAGACUACCUGUACCCCAAAGGAACUAAGGGGCAAGGGGGUGGGGGUGUUGGUGAAGUAGGGGGUGCCUCCGGGAUUGGAGGGGUAGGAGGUCCAGACGAGGUGUUUGGUGAUGGUAGGUGGCCUCCUUCCUGUCAUAAGGAGUUAUUAGAGGGUGGGGGGGGGGUUGGGGGUCCCAUCCCCACAGUGGGGUACGCCUCGUCUCUGGAGCUGCAGCUGUCACGGAACCUCAGUGAUGACAUGAAGGAGGUGGCCUUCUCCGUUAGGAACUACCGCUCUGGCACCUCGGACCACCUGGAGCAACAGAGACAGCUCCGAGAUAUGGCGUGUCAGACAAAUGGUUUCACCACUCGGGGAACCCAGACCACUCAGACCAUCAGCGUGGGGUUACAGACAGACAUCCUCCGCACCCUCACCAGCUCCCCCCACCGCUGCCUCACCCCUAAAGGAGGCUCCACCCCCAUCUCCUCCCCCUCCAGAAACAUCCGUAAGAUACAGUACUCUCCUGUAGUCCAGUCCAAGUUCGAGCGUCCAUGUUGUUCUCCUAAGUACGGCUCCCCUAAGCUCCAGAGGAAGCUGUCAACAUCAUCGAAGGCUGACCUCCAAGGUGGGGCCUCAAGCUCCACGGCCGGCCCCAGGGCCCCUACCCCUACCACCCCCCAGAAGGGUGCCUCUGAGUCGGCCUGGGCUCGCUCCACCACCACCAGGGACUCUCCGGUCCACACCACCAUCAACGACGGCCUGUCUUGUCUCUUCAACAUCAUAGACCACAGCCCCGUGGCCUACGAACCCCCGCAGUGCAAAUUCACCAAGUCCCCCAGCCGCUCCCGCCCCACCCCCCUUGACCCCUCACCUCCUGGUGAACCCGGUCUACCCCCCUCAGACCUCAAAGAUCCAAGAUACCUUGGAGCUGUCCAGGAGUUUCUGAGGAAUGUCCGCGGGCGUUCUCCCAGCCCGGUGCAGCUGAUAGUAGAGACCCAGGGAGGGCCGGGGGGGACAGGGGGGGAGAGGACACCGGAGGUGCUCAGUAUACGCCAGGACCUGUCUGCCCCGCCUGGAUACACCCUGGCAGAGAACGCAGCCCGUCUGCUGAACAAGAAGCUGUUGGAACAGAGCUUCAGGGAGGAGAAGAGACUGGGGUCUGGAGGGACUGGUGGGUCCUCAGCCCAGGGACAGGGAGGCUACACGAGAGAGGGGCGACAGGCGGAGGGAGACAGGAACCAGUCGGGGUGUUUGGAGAACCACUCUGUCUUGUUAUCUGCUCCCUGGGGACUCUAACCCUGCUUGUCCCUGAGUGAUGACCUCCCUCGUUCCCCGGUGGCUCCACCCCUGGAGUCGUGUUUCCUGCGUCCGGCGAGGCCAGCCAACCGCCGCCCCCCCUCCCGCUGGGCAGUCCGUUCUCCCUCCUCCUCCCCCCGAGGCUGGCACGAUGUCACAGGGCGGAGGUUCACCUUCCCCAUGUUGACUGGGACCAGUAAGAUUGAAGCCACCUGUAUGCUGGAGCUGGACGAGACUGGACCAGGAACAGGAACAAGACUGGAACCAUCGUCUUCUGCAUGAUAGAAUCGUUGCCCAUUACCCUGUCCUCCUUAACUCCCUUAACUUGCUCAACUCUCUUCCUCCUCUUCCCCUCCCUACUGCUCUCCACCCUCACCUCCUCCCUCUCCUCCUCCUCCCUGAGCCUGUCCAGACUGGGUACCUCAGACCCCCCCCCCCCUUCUUUCGUAGGAAGGAGUUGUAAAUCGGGGGCUGAGACCCUGUAGCACCAGCUGACCAACCAGGAAGAAAAAGAACUGGAACUUAGAACUCUGGAAUGAAAAUGACCUGGAAUGUACUGUAACCAUGACAUCAAAAACAUUGUCAUCAGAGGUGCCUGUACUUGAUUUACUCGUAGUUCCAGCUGAUAUAUGUGUAUAUGUAUGUUAGUCUUAUAAUAUAAACUUUUUGAGGUGUUGAAAGAACAUUAAAACCGUUAUUAUAAUACUGGUACCAACAUGGUUUUACAAAAGUUCUGUCUGUUUACCUUUUUUGUUUAUUUUGCAUUACAUAUCAUUUGUUAUAUUCUGUGUUUGUGUAAAUUCUCGGGUAAAACUUUUUUCUUAUUAAGUUGACCAUACUUUAUGUUACUGUUUGUUCCUUUCAAAGCUUGAAGUCAGACUACUCAGUUGUACUGGUAGAAGAAACAAACUAAACAAACACUACUGUUUCAUGAUGUCAUUUACGAUGCUAAAUGUAUGUUUGUUUUUAUUUCUAUAUGUUGAAGUGAAUGUUGAACUCGGUAAACGUGUAGGAGGAGAAAAUAGCAACUGAAUAACUUUUCUGCAUAUGUGAGGAGGCAGUUGUUGAAUGGCCCCCUACACCCACGUUCACAAAACAUGGUUUCAUUAUUAUAUAUUUUCUUUAAAGAGCAAGGUUGGGUUGUUGAUGUUGGGUUAUUUGGUGCUGGGUUAUUGAGCUUUGACCCUGCGGGUCAGAUCCGAAGACUGGGGGCGUAGGUUACUACGGCGUGGCAUUCGGAUAGUUAGUGUUAGCCACCCGUGUGAGUAAAUGUUGUUACUGUUCAUCUGUUCUGUUGUAUAGUUAUCACAUGUAAAAGUUGAACAUGGAUUUCAAUGAGGUUUACAGAAAUGUACAAGUUCCCUAAAAGCCUAUGCAAAUCCAAUUGCUAGAAUAGAUAUCACCUUAUUAUAAUAUGUAAUGACUAAUCUUCAUAUUCUAGAAGAAUGUGUAAAAUACUACAAAAGGAAGCAUUUAAUUUGCAGUGUGUAAACUUAGAGACAUGCUCCGGGCUGGAUGUGUCAAUGUGUAGUCCAUGCAUGCAUAUUCUUGGAGCAGACUUACUGUCUUACCUCAAUUAGCCACAAAAUCCCUAGUUUGAAAGUGACAGUUUUUUGGGGGGAAGCUCUGCUGUGCCAUUUUCCCAAAAUGUUACCCCCCACGUAGGCCAGACCCCUAGCAAUUUGAGUUCUAGCUAUUGAUCUUCAGAGCCUAGCUAGCAAGAUGCACACACAGCAAAGGGUGAGAGAGGGCAGUGUCAUGGUGCACAUAUGUCAGGUAGUUUUCAGGGACCACUUUUGGCUCAAUAAGAUCUAACUGAAAGCCAAGCCCCUAAUAAGCCACGCUUCAGGGACCACUUUUGGCUCAAUAAGAUCUAACUGAAAGCCAAGCCCCUAAUAAGCCACGCUUCAGGGACCACUUUUGGCUCAAUAAGAUCUAACUGAAAGCCAAGCCCCUAAUAAGCCACGCUUCAGGGACCACUUUUGGCUCAAUAAGAUCUAACUGAAAGCCAAGCCCCUAAUAAGCCACGCUUCAGGGACCACUUUUGGCUCAAUAAGAUCUAACUGAAAGCCAAGCCCCUAAUAAGCCACGCUUCAGGGACCACUUUUGGCUCAAUAAGAUCUAACUGAAAGCCAAGCUCCUAAUAAGCCACGCUUCAGGGACCACUUUUGGCUCAAUAAGAUCUAACUGAAAGCCAAGCCCCUAAUAAGCCACGCUUCAGGGACCACUUUUGGCUCAAUAAGAUCUAACUGAAAGCCAAGCCCCUAAUAAGCCACGCUUCAGGGACCACUUUUGGCUCAAUAAGAUCUAACUGAAAGCCAAGCCCCUAAUAAGCCACGCUUCAGGGACCACUUUUGGCUCAAUAAGAUCUAACUGAAAACCAAGCCCCUAAUAAGCCACGCUUCAGGGACCACUUUUCGCUCAAUAAGAUCUAACUGAAAGCCAAGCCCCUAAUAAGCCACGCUUCAGGGACCACUUUUGGCUCAAUAAGAUCUAACUGAAAGCCAAGCCCCUAAUAAGCCACGCUUCAGGGACCACUUUUGGCUCAAUAAGAUCUAACUGAAAUCCAAGCCCCUAAUAAGCCACGCUUCAGGGACCACUUUUGGCUCAAUAAGAUCUAACUGAAAGCCAAGCCCCUAAUAAGCCACGCUUCAGGGACCACUUUUGGCUCAAUAAGAUCUAACUGAAAGCCAAGCCCCUAAUAAGCCACGCUUCCUGAAAAUAACCCGAAGGAUAACAUUCAAAAAGACCCAGCAGCUAGAUCAUCCCAGUAUACCCAACUGAUGAUUAAAUUAACCCAUGUUUUGGAUAAUCCCAAAACACCAAGAUGUUGUGUUUAUUCAUGCAACCCACAUAGCUGCGUCAAAAUACCCCGCUUGUAUUCUGUCCAAUAUUGAACCCAGCACUGGGUUACCAAAGAACCCAAAUUUAGUUCAAACACAGCAUUUUUUUGGGGGGAGUCGGCCAUGGUCUAAAGUAGUGCACUACGUAGAGAAUAGGGGACAAUUUGGAAUGCAAGCAUAUCUGCAUGCCUUUGGAAAACACACUUUAGUGCAUAUGUACAUACAAGCUGCUGCUACUGCUGUCAUUGUGCUAGAUCACCCAGCUUAGAUAUAAAAACUAAACUAAGGCUAGGAUUGAAUUAUUUGCCUUUAUUUAUUUAAUCAGGGAGUCACCGUUGAGACCAGUGUCUCUUUUACGAGGGAGCCCCAGGGAGUAACCGUUGAGACCAGUGUCUCUUUUACGAGGGAGCCCCAGGGAGUAACCGUUGAGACCAGUGUCUCUUUUACGAGGGAGCCCCAGGGACUAACCGUUGAGACCAGUGUCUCUUUUACGAGGGAGCCCCAGGGAGUAACCGUUGAGACCAGUGUCUCUUUUACGAUGGAGCCCCAGGGAGUCACCAUUGAGACCAGUGUCUCUUUUACGAGGGAGCCCCAGGGAGUAACCGUUGAGACCAGUGUCUCUUUUACGAGGGAGCCCCAGGGAGUAACCGUUGAGACCAGUGUCUCUUUUACGAUGGAGCCCCAGGGAGUCACCAUUGAGACCAGUGUCUCUUUUACGAGGGAGCCCCAGGGAGUCACCAUUGAGACCAGUGUCUCUUUUACGAGGGAGCCCCAGGGAGUAACCGUUGAGACCAGUGUCUCUUUUACGAGGGAGCCCCAGGGAGUAACCGUUGAGACCAGUGUCUCUUUUACGAGGGACCCCCAGGGAGUAACCGUUGAGACCAGUGUCUCUUUUACGAGGGACCCCCAGGGAGUAACCGUUGAGACCAGUGUCUCUUUUACGAGGGAGCCCCAGGGAGUAACCGUUGAGACCAGUGUCUCUUUUACGAGGGAGCCCCAGGGAGUCACCAUUGAGACCAGUGUCUCUUUUACGAGGGAGCCCCAGGGAGUAACCGUUGAGACCAGUGUCUCUUUUACGAGGGACCCCCAGGGAGUAACCGUUGAGACCAGUGUCUCUUUUACGAUGGAGCCCCAGGGAGUCACCAUUGAGACCAGUGUCUCUUUUACGAGGGAGCCCCAGGGAGUCACCAUUGAGACCAGUGUCUCUUUUACGAGGGACCCCCAGGGAGUAACCGUUGAGACCAGUGUCUCUUUUACGAGGGACCCCCAGGGAGUCACCAUUGAGACCAGUGUCUCUUUUACGAGGGAGCCCCAGGGAGUAACCGUUGAGACCAGUGUCUCUUUUACGAGGGACCCCCAGGGAGUCACCAUUGAGACCAGUGUCUCUUUUACGAGGGACCCCCAGGGAGUCACCGUUGAGACCAGUAUCUCUUUUACGAGGGACCCCCAGGGAGUCACCAUUGAGACCAGUGUCUCUUUUACGAGGGACCCCCAGGGAGUCACCGUUGAGACCAGUGUCUCUUUUACGAGGGACCCCCAGGGAGUAACCGUUGAGACCAGUGUCUCUUUUACGAGGGACCCCUAUAUAUACACAAUAAAAAAACAUGUAUCAAAAUACAAUUUAAAACACACAUAACAUAAAUAUACACAAUAUACACAAUAUACACAAUAUACACAAUAUACACAAUAUACACAACACUAAAACAAACACACUGAUCAUUAUAGAAAUCCUCUUGUCCGCUGUU